UCAUCAAAUAACAACAAGUCUCUGGAAUCUCUCCUCCUAAAAGAGUGAUAAUCAGUGUCUGGACUUCACUGCUAUGAGCACAUAUAUGCUCAAGUGGACACCCACUGUAGGUUAAAUCAGCUCUCCACCAGACUCCAUGAUCACAAUACAGAAAUUGAAACCGGAAACGUGGUUCAAACAGGUUGAACUGGACUUCGAAGAAUCCGCAUUCCGAAGGUCGAGUUACAGCCUCGACACGACACCUCGUCACCCGGGUCAGGUACAGAUAAGGUAUCGGGUCAGGCCGCCCCUUCAGGAGGCUCUAAACAAGACCAGUAUGAGCUGACCACUGGAGGAUGUGGUGACUCAUUUGAUGGGUAGUAAGGACAACGUGUUUCUACAAUGGGGAGUCACAGGAGGAACGGUUUCAAGAAGGACAGCUUCAUUUUGUCGGUUGAUGUGGGGACAACCUCGAUCAGAUGUCACGUUUAUGACAAGGAGGCAAACAUCCGAGGGUCAUGCACCACCAAGGUUGUCGCCUUGUAUCCAGAGGUAGGACAUGUGGAGAUGGACCCAGAUGCAAUAUGGGAAGGGUUUAUCUCUGUGGUCAAGGGAGCAGUGCAAGAUGCAGGAGUGCAAAUGCAUCAGAUAGACGCCCUGGGCAUCUCCACCCAGCGUGGCACCUUCACAACAUGGGACAGGGAAACUGGGGUUCCUUUCCAUAACUUCAUCAGCUGGCAGGAUCAGAGGGCUGCAGACCUGGUGCAAACCUGGAACAGCUCCUGCACAUUGAAAGCAAUCCAUGGCGUGAUGAGUGUGGUCUACUUCCUGACAAGGCAGAAGCGGUCGCUUGCAGCAAGUCUUAUUGUCUUCUCCACUCAACAUGUCACCUUACGCCUCGCCUGGGUCCUAACACACUACAAGCAGGUUCGUCAAGCAGUAGCUGAAGGCAACUGCUGCUUUGGAACAAUAGACACCUGGCUGCUGUUCAAACUCACGAAAGGGCAGGUCCACGCCACAGACUACUCUAAUGCCAGUUCAACGGGAAUUUUCGACUCCUAUCAGAUGUGCUGGAGCCGCUUGCUCAGCUUUAUUGUUUCUCUGCCUCUCUCUAUUUUCCCCAAAGUAGAAAACACAGGCCAUGACUUUGGUUCCACAGACUCGUCCAUCUUCGGAGUCCCCAUUCCCAUCAUGUCGGUGAUGGCGGACCAGCAGGCGGCCAUGUUUGGAGAGUGCUGCUUUGACGUUGGUGAUGUCAAGAUCACCAUGGGAACGGGCACCUUCAUGGACAUCAACACCGGCAGCAAACCGCAUACGUCCGUAGCAGGUCUGUAUCCUCUGGUGGGAUGGAAGAUUGGCUCAGAGGUGGUUUAUCUGGCGGAGGGCAACGCAGCAGACACAGGCACUGCCAUCAGAUGGGCACAGGAGCUGGAGCUGUUCUCUGACGUCCAGGAGACAAGCAACAUGGCUUACAGCGUCAGCGACUCAGACGGAGUGUGUUUCGUUCCUUCCUUCAGUGGCCUGCAGGCUCCUCUAAAUGAUCCCAAAGCUUGUGCCUCCCUCAUGGGCCUCAAACCUUCUACCACCAAAAGUCAUCUAGUCCGAGCCAUUCUGGAGUCCGUCGCCUUCAGGAACAAGCAGCUCUAUGAGACGAUGCUGAGAGAAACUCAGAUUCCCAUCACAAAGAUCAGGAUGGAUGGCGGUGUUUCCUCCAACGACUUCGUCAUGCAGCUGACUGCAGACCUAUUUGGCAGGAAGUUAUCCAGACGCCAACACUACGAAAUGUCGUGUCUAGGGGCCGCUUUUGUUGCUGGACUUGGAAUUGGCUUCUGGAGGACCAGGGAAGAGCUGAAGAAGCUGCAGAGCAGCGACGAGGCGUUCUUGCCCCAACGAGCAUCCAAGGGCGGCGCUUGUAGCCCGAGUCGGGAGUACAUCCCCGUCCUCCAGAGCUGGGAGAGAGCGCUCCGACGCUCCAUGAAUUGGUACAACAAGCCUUGACGCCGGAUGCACACGCAGGGAGAUCCAGGGUCUGACCACAUAGGAAGAUAGAGAUACAAGUUUUUAGUCUAGGUGAAAGCAGAUGGAUCUUUUCCAACAAAAUGACUGUUUCAAGAUAUAACAACCAUCAGCUGUGUCUUUGGAAAUGAUACAAAGAAAUGAUACGUAAAUUAUUUGGUGAUGGUGACUCAGUGUGCUGCGCAACCUUUAACAGCAGCCACUUAGUCUUUGGGGUGUAAAUCACAAGUUUCAUCACGAUACAAUGAUACAAUACAUUGAUUCUUUGGACAACGA